AUCUGACUCCACAAACACUGGCUUCUGUCAUUGGCAGGGGGCGAGGGCAUUGUGAGCUGCAGGCACACCGGUGUCCUGUCUGUGGCAGGAUGGCCAGUGUCUGCAAGGGGCCUUCCUAGUGGUCAGUGAGGAGUGGUUGUUCCCUCCUCCUCUAUUUUCCUUUGCUGGGUUCUGGGACUGAAAUUCACCACCAUCCCCCGCACCCUGUGAGGUAAAAGUGAUAAGCGAGCUGUAGCCCUGGGUAAAUUCUGGAAGUGAUGAAAUGGAAAAAUCAGAACUUUAAAGUCAUCCAUUAAAAUAGGGGAGCCAUUUUUUCCUCUUAAAUUUUCAAAGAGGAAUUCAGGAGGGAGAUAAACAGAAACACAUAUUUGGUGCCCUGGAGCUGCCUUUCCGAGGAGGAUCAAGUGGUGCAUCCUGCUGAGCUGUGUCCUUUACAGACAGGGUGUGACCUGGGGUUGGAAGAGAAGAGAAGAGAGCAGAAACACAGGACAGAUAAGUGUUCAGGCCAGUAAAGACAGAGCCUCCCUGAGCACGGAACUGCUCUGCAGUAAGCUGCCAUCUGGAGGAGAGGGUUGUUCUUUUCUCUUGGCGAACUCCCGCUUCUCUCAUCCAAGGCACCCUUGCCCUGCAUGGACAAUUCUGGCUGAGUCUUGAAAUGUACACUCCUGGCUCAGGGGACCAUGGCUGAGCUGGGGAUGACACAGGCUCUCGACCAAACUUCGGUCUCCUCUGACCCCUUUUCUUCAUGAGGCCUUGACUUUGCCACCCUACUCCCUGCAGAGCCCAGUUUAGCAAGAAUCCUGCUUAGUCAGUUUCCAGAGUAUUCUCCCAUCCUUGAUAUCUGAUCACCCUUGAUAUCUGCUCAGAUUCCUCAUCUGUCACCCUCAGUGUAUAAGUCCUUGCCUAGUUCAGUAGAAUCCUGUUAAGUGGGUUUAUCAAUAAUCCUCUAUACCUGAUGUCUCCUCUUAGUGAUUUUCCAUUCACUGACCUGAAGAACUCUGCUCUUUGGCUAUAAACCCCCAGCAGUCUUCGCUGUAAUACAGAGCUGAGCCUAAUCUCUUUCCCCUAUUGUGAUGCCCCUGUUACAAUAGCCGUGAAUAGUCUUCCUUACCUUUUUAAUAAGCGUUUGAGUAAUUUUUUCCUUUGAUAGCUUGGUACAUCAAACAGGAGCCUGACUCCUAAACCCUGCUGUUCGGGUAUGCUGAUAUUGUUGACUGGAAUAUAACCUGAUUUGGAAGUGACAAGUGACUGAGGUGAGUGCCUGCUUCACCAGGUGACAUUCCCUCCCGCCAGAAGCAGCCUGGGGACCUUGUGCAGUGCUAAACUUCUGAGCCAAGGCCUUGCCAAAGCAGCUGCAGCUCGAGGUUCCCCGCCGGGAGCGUAGAAGGCGCUCUCAGACGCCCAUUGCUGCUCAGAGCUGCCGCCGGGAGAACUCUGGCCUGGUCUCGCUGGCGCAGAGGGCCUGGUAGCAUCCUCCUCCACCAGACCCCUACUCUUUGGAAGCUCCCUAGACCCUGGGCAGCCUGCGGGGAGGGCAGCCGCAGCAGAGAGCUGGACACUGCGCAGUCCAGGCAGGGCCGACCCGCUCUCUACUAUUCCUAGGAGAGGCUGCUGCCCGCUGUCUGAUUUUUAAUUUCAAAAUCACGCUUUGUCCUGCAAUGUUGUAUAUUGUUUAUUUUAGGUCAAAUAACCCCAUAAAUACGUAAGUAAAUAAACUGAUCUCUUGCAGCGAUCGUGGGGGAGGGCACAGCGCCCUGCAGCUGCAGGCGACGUAAGGUUGCAGAGGCCGUGGGGCGCAGACCAAGUGGAAGCUGAGCCGCCACCUCCCACUCCCCGCGCCGCCCCCCAGAAGGACGCACUGCUCUGAUUGGCCUGGAAGGGUUCGGGAGCUGCCCACCCUUUGGGCUCAGGGCCAAAGGCCGCACCUUCCCCCAGCGGCCCCGGGCUACCAGCGCGCUCCGGCCUUGCCGCCGCCACCUCGCGGAGAAGCCAGCCAUGGGCGCAGCCGGUUCCUCCGCGCUGGCCCGCUUUGUCCUCCUCGCGCAGCCCCGGCCCGGGUGGCUCGGGGUCGCGGUGCUGGGACUGACCGCGGUGGCGCUGGGGGCUGUCGCCUGGCGCCGCGCAUGGCCCACGCGGCGCCGGCGGCUGCUGCAGCAGGUGGGCACAGUGGCGCAACUCUGGAUCUACCCUGUGAAAUCCUGCAAGGGGGUGCCAGUGAGCGAGGCUGAGUGCACGGCUAUGGGGCUGCGCAGCGGCAACCUGCGGGACAGGUUUUGGCUUGUGAUCAACCAGGAGGGAAACAUGGUUACUGCUCGCCAGGAACCUCGCCUGGUCCUGAUUUCCCUGACCUGUGAUGGUGACACCCUGACUCUCAGUGCAGCCUACACAAAGGAUCUACUACUGCCCAUCAAAACGCCCACCACAAAUGCAGUGCGCAAGUGCAGAGUGCAUGGCCUGGAGAUUGAGGGCAGAGACUGUGGCGAGGCCGCCGCCCAGUGGAUAACCAGCUUCCUGAAGUCACAGUCCUACCGCCUGGUGCACUUCGAGCCUCACAUGCGACCGAGACAUCCUCACCAAAUAGCAGACUUGUUCCGACCCAAGGACCAGAUUGCUUACUCAGACACCAGCCCAUUCAUGAUCCUUUCUGAGGCGUCGCUGGCGGAUCUCAACUCCAGGCUAGAGAAGAAAGUUAAAGCAACCAACUUCAGGCCCAAUAUUGUAAUUUCAGGAUGCAAUGUCUAUGCAGAGGAUUCUUGGGACGAGCUUCUUAUCGGUGACGUGGAACUGAAAAGGUUGAUGGCUUGUUCCAGAUGCAUUUUAACCACAGUGGACCCAGACACCGGCGUCAUGAGCAGGAAGGAGCCGCUGGAAACACUGAAGAGUUAUCGCCAGUGUGACCCUUCAGAACGAAAGUUGUAUGGAAAAUCACCACUCUUUGGGCAGUAUUUUGUGCUGGAAAAUCCAGGGACCAUCAAAGUGGGAGACCCUGUGUACCUGCUGGGCCAGUAAUGGGAACUGUAUGUCGUGGAAUAUUAGAUGCCUUUAUAAAAUGUUCUCAAAAAUGACAACACUUGAAGCAUGGUGUUUCAGAACUGAGACCUCAACAUUUUCUUUAAAUUUGUGAUUUUCACAUUUUUCCUCUUUUGGACUUCUCGUGUCUCAAUGCUUCAAUGUCCCAGUGCACAAAGCAAAGAAAUAUAGUCUUGAUAACUUAGUAGGCUUUCAGUAAGACACUUAGGUGACAAGACAGGAUUCUGAAAACUCCCUGUUUAACUGAUGAUGGAAUAGUUCUUUCUCCUGCUUUGCCAUUUGUCUACCAAGAUUGCAGACUUCCAUCCUGUCACUACCACUCAUUAGGGAAAGAGAAGAAGAGAAAGAGGAAGAGUGGGUAGGCCAGAAGAAUGUCCCAGAAUGUGUUAUUACCCCUGUGCAUGAGGUAUGCAAUGAAAAUUAAAUAGCUCCCCAAAUAUGGCUGGAAUGUCACUUCCCUUUUCUUCUUAAGCCCUGGGCUAGCUUUUGAAAUGGCAUAAAGACUAAGGUGACCUUCAGGAAGCACUUCAGAUAUUAAUUUUCCAUAGAUCUGGAUCUGGCCCCGCUGCUUCUCAGACAGCAUUGGAUUUCCUAAAGGUGCUCAGGAGGGUGGUUGUGUAGUCACAGAGGACCCCUGGAUCCUUGCCAUUCCCCUCAGCUAAUGACUGAGUGCUCCUUCUCCAGUUCUGGGUGAAAAAGUUCUGAAGUCUGUGGAGGAGAAGAAAAGUGAUUCAGUGAUUUCAAAUGGAUACUGAAAACCUUUAAAGGGGGAAAAGGAAAGCGUAUGUCAGUUGUUUAAAACCCAAUAUCUACUUUUUUAACUGAUUGCAUAACUCUAAGAUCUGAUGAAGUAUAUUUUUUAUUGCCAUUUUGACCUUUGAUUGUAUUGGGAAGUUGACUAAACUUGAAAAAUGUUUUUAAAACUGUGAAUAAAUGGAAGCUACUUUGACUAGUU